ACUCUCACUGGACACUCUCGAAACAAGGGGUGGUGACACAAUGGCACAAGCACAGGCCUGGACCCCUUACAACAGCCUCACUAAGCCUCCCACCAACCUGAAGGAGGCCAUUGACUGGGUCCUGAGGGUAACUGGUAAGGAUGGUAAGAAGAAUGAGAAGACGGCGCCGGCGGCGCCGCCAAGCACUAGCAAUGCCCCCCACUGUCUGUGCUACUUGGCCAAGGCAGUGAAGGACCUACUGUAUGACGCCAAGGACCCGGGGUCCCCUGGUCCCAGCCAACAGAGGUACUGGGACACAUUACUCCUAGACCAGGAGAAGACAUUAGUGCUACCAGUGCUCACGGACCUGGGACUCCUUGGUGACAGCACUAGUGCUGCUAGGGAUACCUGCGCCGGUGGCACCGAGGUCAUUAAGACACUGAUAGACCACUUGGCACUGGGACUACAGAAGUGGGUUGGGUGGCAGAAAGGCAAGGAAGUCUGUUGUCUAGAUACGGAAACUGGGAUAGGAGGGAAGUGUACAUGUCCUGGUGGUGGUGCUGGCGGUUGUUGUACCGGUUCUAGUGGUACUUGUACCUGUGCCUCUGCGAACAAUUGCUAUAAGUCAGCCUACAACAAGGACUCGGCCUUAUGGACGAACAUAGUCAAUGGUACCACAGGUGCCGGAGGAAGUGGAAGUGCUGGUAGUGCAGUUACUGUCAACCCAGUGAAGGCCGCCCAAGAUGUUCACCUCCUGGCCCGGGUAUUCCUAGGGUCAGUAUGUCUCAUCUGGAGUGGACUCAGCCAGUUGGGGUUCCUGACGUGCAACGCUAAGGGCAGCGAGAGAAGGUGGGAGGAAAGUAGUUUGAACAACAUAGAGAAUGCUGAGAAUAAGGGACUUGCAUCAUUCAUGGCGGCCAUGGGCUAUGACCUGGAUAGGAUUAAAAAUGGGACUGGAUACGUCGUGUGGAAAAUACUUGCGGGUAAAGAUAAGAAAAAUAGCAUCCCGUGGAAAGAAUUUGCCUCGUUAGGUGACAAGACUGGUGAUAGUGUAGCUGAGUACUACAGUAGUAUCUAUGGUGCAGCACAGGGUGCUGCCAAGGGCAGUACCACUGAGAAAUUAUGUCAGGAUUAUCCCUUAUUGGUACUCCACAUCCUGGCCAGUGGGUACUUCAGGGCAGGCAGUGCCGGGGCCAAUAAAGUGACGCCGGCGAAGCCGGCCACUAGUGAUACCAAGAAAGAGACUCCCUCUCUUAGGAAACCACGCACUAUCCGUGAGAUCCUCUACUGGCUUAGUGCAUUGCCAUAUAGUCAGGGAUACAAGGAAUUGGUAGGGAGGAUGCAACAAAAGACGGAUUUGGUGACCAAUGGGAACCAAGAGAAGGACAUCAAACUCUACGAUGACAAAGGUGGUUCUAUUGCCAGUACCACCCUCCAGCGUAAGGACAUUACCCACUACCUAAUGGCCGCCUGUGGCUACUGCCCACUGGUACUCAUCGGUAUCCAGGGGACCAUCAAUACCAGUGGCACUGACACUGAUUCUACUACCGCAGGUAGUAGUGGAAGUGCUGCUGGUAGUGCUGACCAGAAGAAGUGUCCUGAACACAGUAAGGACCGCAAUAAGAGGUGUACCCUUGAAGACGCAGCCAAGGCAGCUCCCCAGGCACCGGCACCGGCAGCAGCUUCCACCGGAAAACCCCUGGAGAAAGGCCAAGUCUGCUACGGCGGGUACCACCUGGCUGUAAAGGAUUUCGGCCCCCUCCAUGGGAUGUAUGCCAAUGGGCUCUUUGGCUUUGACAUGGGCGGCUCUGCCGCCCAGUGCCUGGACCAACUGAGGGUAUAUGUCUACCACUGCUUCUACCAGCUCUACUUCCUUAGGAAGCAAUGUAGUACGGGCGCGAUAGCGGCCGGAGGAGGGGCAGGAGUGGGAUCAGGAGUAGUGCUGGGCUGGAAGAGUUGUAGGUAUGGUUAUCAGGUGGCAAUGAGGGAUGGGAAAGUUACCAAUAAGUGGCAGUGUACAGAUAAUGGUGCUGGACAGAAGUGUAAAUGUCUGGCAGACGGAGCUAUCCAGCACACGGGUGGAUCACCCGGUGAAGGAUCACCAUUACAGAGCUUCUUGUGUGAUAUUCUCGGUUCACUAAAAUGCAAGGAAACUACAGGAAGUAGUGUAAAAAGAUACCCAGAUAUAGAAAAGCACUGGACUACCAAGUAUGAAAAUCCACCGGGGCAUUAUGAAGGAGCUCCUAAACACUGUCCAGUCCCAAUGGGCUGGGAAAAGGAAACUAACUUCAAAGAUUUAACCAAGGGUACCCAUAAGACAGCGGAUCUGUCACCACCGGCACAAGGACAAGGCACUCAGAACAAGUACCCCGCCCACUGCACUGGCAGGACGCUGUCACUGCUCCUGGAGUACUACUGUGACCCAGAGAAGUGCCAUGGCACCCUAGUGGUACUACUGAGGCUACUGGCCUGUAUUACUCCCACAGUGCCACGGACUCUGGGUGACCUCUUUGGGUUCUAUUACUAUAUAGUCUACAUUGGGGGAAACCAGGGUGGUGGUGGUGGUAAAAAGGAGGUGUAUACGAAGCUAGGAGAUUUAGAAAAAGAGGUGCUGCUCCAUAUGGGUAAAGAUAAUAAAGUGGUCCAGGCACUGACCAAGUGGAACGGUAGUAGUAGUACUAGUGGUAGUGCCUGUAGUCACAGCACUACGGAUGGCUCCCUAAAGACCCUAUUUGGCUGUAGUAGUGCUAGUGGUGGCACUAAUAAGUGUUGUCCAUACCUCUCUCCUUUGAGUGGCCAGCAGUAUGGCCAGUUGAGUCCAGCCAUGGCCGGGACCUACCUGUCAUGGUUGGUCUAUUUGAUAGAGGGGUUCAGGACAGGACUGGAGGGGUUGAAAGGGGAGUUCCAGCAGAUUAGUUGUAAGGAUUCAGAGUGCCACAGAGGUGCAGGAGGAGCUGGAUGUGGUGGUGGACAGUGUACUAGAGGAACACAUGGAAAUAGCGAUGGUGGUGACGGAGUAUGUAAAUGCCCAUCUGUGGUAUCAUGUACCGGGGUACUGCCGGUGUUGUACAAGUAUGGCUUUGGGUAUGGUAAUGUAGAGACGUUGCACAAGCCUACGGGUGGAGGUCCGAAGAAGUGUGAUGCAUUCCUAACGACGCUAAAGGGCGUCUUAAAUGGCCAGCACCUCAAGAAAGACGGCACCAAAGGAGGCCUCCACCACGAGAUCAAUAAGCUCAUCUACACCACCAGGCUGCCCUGGAUCUUUGUUCUCACGCUAGCCUGGCUAGUAGCGGUACUGUACCUUGCAUUUGGUGCCAUAUGGCCACUGGACUGGACACAUAUGAGGUCACAUUGUAGGGGAUGGUUCAGGAAGGGUAGUCUGAGUCCAUGGGAGGUACUGAUGGUGGGAAAGAAGAAGGGGAGGGGGAUAUUGGAGUAUUUUGGUGGGAGGUAGUGGCGCCUUCGGCGCGAUAACUAAGGGUAAUGUGG